GAAGAGUUACAAGUUUGAAGGGUCUCUGUUUUACUGGAGGACUUACAGUUUGCCCUGUAAUGAUGCGGUGUCGGGGUCUCUACUUGCUCUACACGCUCUCCUGGGUAUUAAUAAUGAACACACUGUGCGUGACUUCUGGAUGUGGCGCCGGUGAAAAAAUAGAAAAUGAUCGUUGUGUGCCCUGUGAAAAGGAGAAAUACAGAAAUGCUGACUUUGGAUAUGAUCACUGUAGACCUUGUCGUCAAUGUAGACAAGGUUCAAAAGUGAAGUCUCCUUGCACAGCAGGGAGUAAUACUGAAUGUGAUUGCAUCGAAGGAUUCACUCCUCGUUAUUCAAGUAAAAAUGAAUGCUAUUGUGGCAAAGGAUCUGGAAUUGAUUCUACAGGGAGAUGCUUGACAUGUGAGGAUGGGUUCUUCAGCGAUAAAGCUGAUGGAUCGUGUCAAAAAUGGACAGAUUGUGGGUCGCUAGGUGUUAAGGUCAAAGGCAGUGCUUCUUCUGAUGUUACUUGCCACACUGCUACUGAAGGGACAGACACUGUGGUUCCUUCCUCAUCCCCAAGACUCACAACAAAGGCAUUUAUUCCUGCCACCAUCAAGGCAACAGCUACCUCAUUGAAUCAAUACAGCAAUCACACUCAGAAUGUCAAAUCCUUGGUCUCACAGUCAACGACUACCUCAGUGCCAUCAGCAUCUGCUGAACAAUAUUACAAUGGGAUGCUUGCACUUCUCUUCAUUGCGUUUAUCCUCCUGAUCGUCUGUUUUGCCCUGAUUUUCAAGUUGGCUGCAGGCCUGUGUUUGAAGCAAUUGAAGAAACCGAUUGCCCGAGCAGACACUGUGUGCAGAAGACCUGUGGAGGAGAGUGGGGACAAGAGCUGCUCCUCUCUGGUCAGCUCCACUGAAUCAUCACACAUGCUGGAGGAUGUGUAGCCAUCAUGCAGCUCAUUGCCACCCCACCACUCCCCUGAUUUGGGUCAUGAUUGUCUGCUGCUUUGUCUGAUGGGGAUAAUGUUAUGAAUGAAGUUGGUGAGUGCUGAGACCACAACAAUUGACAUGUGUUACUCUGGGGCCCCCUAUGACACAAGUGAAAGCAAACCAAACAAACUACUGUAAUACUACAGAGGGGUGUGACCUGUUCUUUUUUUGUGUCAAGGACCAUAUGUACCAUAAUGUAGAUUACAUGGAAAAUACUGGAGAUCAUUUGUGAUCUAACAAGUGUAGAUCUAUAGAUCUGUCAACUAGUUAAAUGCAAUGACUAUACUAACUCUUUGUCAUUUGUUUUUUACUCUUUUUUCUUUUUUCUUUUCUUUAAAAAUACCAUGUGGGCCUUUGACAUGUCUGAGAUUUUUUACAGGUUCUUUGUUUGAUCUAUAUGUGCUCAUAUGCCCUAUAGUAUUGUUUAAGUGAUGGAUCUUUUGUAAAGAUGUGUAAUUUUUUGUCAGUAUUUGUGAUUUCAUGUUCAUGAUUAAGUCAGUCCAUUUGUAUGCAUUUUGAUUGUAAUCUUUGUCAAUCCCAAUUGUGAAAGUGAAUUUUAGUAAAUACCAAGGGAAAAGCUGUUAACUGACUCCACACGAUUUUCAAUGCAUGACAGAGGAAGUCCACAGUGCACAGUUGAACUCCACAUGAGGUUAGGCCAUUGGGUACAACCUGUUCCCCUAAACGCAGAACACUGCCUUCGCAGGGCCCCACUCGGUGUAACUUUGCAGAGAGAGCGAGAGCGAGAGCGAGCGUGAGCAGAGAGGUUUGUCAGCUCUCGGUUUAAUAAUAGGG